AUGAACAAAAGCGUUAACAUCUAUGGAGAUCAAGUAACCGAGGAGCGUGCUGAGAAUGCCCGUCUCUCUUCGUUUGUUGGUGCGAUUGCCGUUGGUGAUUUGGUGAAGUCAACGCUGGGUCCGAAGGGUAUGGACAAGCUGCUACAAUCUGCCUCUACUAGCGAGUCCAUCGUCACAAACGACGGUGCAACGAUCUUGAAAUCGAUUCCGCUGGAUAACCCUGCUGCCAAGGUUCUUGUGAAUAUCUCAAAGGUUCAAGACGACGAAGUUGGUGAUGGUACAACUUCCGUCACUGUUUUGUCUGCUGAGCUGCUCAGGGAGGCUGAGAAGCUGGUUGAUCAAAGAAUUCAUCCACAGACCAUUAUUGAAGGUUAUAGAUUGGCAUCCCAAGCUGCUCUGACAGCUUUGGAGAAAGCUGCCGUGGAUCACUCAAACGAUUCGCAACAGUUUUAUGAAGAUUUGAUCAGUAUCGCAAAGACUACCUUGUCCUCGAAGAUUCUAUCCCAGGACAAGGAUCAAUUCUCCAAAUUGGCAGUUGAUGCAAUUCUUCGUCUUAAGGGAUCCACCAACUUGGAGCACAUUCAGAUAAUAAAGAAGAUUGGUGGUAAAUUGUCAGAUUCAUUCUUGGAUGAGGGCUUCAUUCUAAACAAGAGAUUCGGAAACUCACAACCGAAGAGGGUGGAAAAUGCAAAGAUUUUGAUUGCAAACACAUCUUUGGAUACAGACAAAGUAAAGAUCUUUGGUGCGAAGUUCAAAGUCGAUUCCACGUCUAAAUUGGCAGAGUUGGAAAAGGCUGAAAGGGAAAAGAUGAAAGCCAAGGUUAACAAAAUCUCAAAGUUUGGUAUCAACUGUUUUAUUAAUAGACAGCUGAUUUAUGAUUACCCAGAACAAUUGUUUACAGAUGCUGGUAUUAACUCUAUUGAGCAUGCUGAUUUCGAAGGUGUUGAAAGAUUGGCACUCGUCACCGGAGGUGAAGUGGCCUCUACUUUUGAUAACCCUGAAUUGGUCAAAUUGGGAACCUGCAAGUCUAUCGAAGAAAUCAUCAUUGGUGAAGAUGUCAUGAUCAAAUUCUCCGGUUGUGCUGCUGGUGAAGCUUGCACCAUUGUAUUGAGAGGUGCUACAGAGCAGGUCCUGGAUGAAGCUGAACGUUCGUUACACGAUGCUCUUUCCGUCCUGUCUCAAACUACAAAGGAGACGAGAACUGUACUCGGUGCGGGUUGUUCAGAGAUGGUUAUGUCAAAGGCUGUGGACACUGUCGCACAAAACGUUGAAGGUAAGAAGGCAUUGGCCGUUGAAGCCUUUGCAAGAGCACUGAGACAACUCCCAACUAUCCUUGCUGAUAAUGCUGGUUUCGAUUCUAGUGAUUUGGUCACUAAGCUGAGAUCUGCUAUCUAUAAUGGAAUGACUACAUCUGGUUUGGAUUUGAACAAUGGUGUUAUUACAGAUGUUAGGGAACUGGGAAUUGUCGAAUCGUACAAGCUUAAGAGAGCUGUUGUGAGUUCUGCUUCAGAAGCUGCUGAGGUAUUGCUGAGAGUGGAUAACAUCAUUCGUGCUAAACCAAGAACUGCUAACAGAGCGCAUUAG